AUGCCUACUCACGAUACGGCUCCUUAUUCAACUUGUUAUACCUGUGACUCCGGGUUAACAUCGAGUACCAUCUUCAGGAAAGGAUUCAUGGUCAUCGACAACCCUCAGCUCGGCUCGUAUCCCAAGGACGUGCAAGACGCUGCUAUUGCUUUAUCGCUCAUGUCGGGGACUUCUACGAUUUCAGCAAGCAAAGAGCCCUCCUCACCGUCACACAAGCAGCCUCCCCUUUCUGAUCACACCCAUACUGCACUCAAUACAGAUGCGCUCUCCGAUAUAGCCGUUGACCGUGCGGAGGCGUCGCGCAUAUCUUCUGUCCCUGUGCAAGACAAGUGCUCUUCUUUCCCCUCAUCACAUCAGCGAGGCCGACGUCGAGGAGCAAAAGCUCAUAAGAAAGAUUCCCGGAGAGACGCUCUUCGACAACAAUGGAAGGAGAGAGCAUUGAAGAUCCUCGCGCAGCCCAGAACACAAGCGACUUCCGCUCAGACGUCUGUGAUGAACUGGGUCUAUACGGAACUGACACCAUAUCCGGACGAUGCUUGGGCUUCGUGCAUUGCGGUAUUGAUAGAUCGGCGAGUACAUGACAUGGCUGUUACUCAUUCGACGUUGUUGACGUUCGGUAAUAUACAUAGUUCGGUGAACCAAGUCAGGAACUGGUUCUCAAACAAACGUCAAUGUGAUGCUCGAGAUAGGAUGAAAGCUGGUGGUGUCGGUGGUGUUCCUGAAGGUUUGGAACCCAUCUCGGUUGAUGGACGUAUGGUGCGGCUAUGGUGUCAUGCGCAGACAAAAAUCGGCAGCAACGAGCAGUGGACUGACCCGAUCUUGCUCAUUUCUGCACCGGUUGGUCUCCUCUUGAGAGCAGUGGUGGAUCAUCUACCGAGUCUCUCCUUGCCUCGUUGGUUGGGUGGUGAUGGUGGCCUACCACCGGUGUAUUACAAUUAUCACCGCUACGAGCUGCAGUUGCCUCAACAUAAUGCCGACUACCUACCCAUCAGGGAGAUGAAGUUCAUAUGGAUGGCCAACCACGUCCGUGGUGCAGGGUGGGGAAAUGCUUUGCAAGAACUACUUCUGAACAGCUACCUAGCAUAUCGCUCCCGCCGUUCGUUUGUUUUCGAUAACUAUACCUGGGACGAAUUCAAUACCCCAUACUCCCUCUCUAAUGGAGAACUGAUACCUUCACAAAUCCCACUUUCCACGUUCAUUCGAGGUCCGACCGUUGGGGCACCUUUCAUCGCCGAUCCUUCUCAUCCAGUUGCCAUCAUGAAAAAGUAUUGGGAUCAAAUCUGCCCUCAGCCAAAGAUUAUUCACAAUGAAGACAUUUUGGCCUCUUUAGACAGAGAAGCAACUGCUGGUCUAUUGAUUGAUAGAUGGGUAGAAGUACUCGGAGAGACUGAAGACAGAUGUGUGGAGGUUCCAGUCGACUCACACGCAAUAUUCGAUAUAUUCAUCUUUGGGGACGGCAACCGACUACUCGAUGCCUGGCCAUCAUUCUCCGCGAGUCCCAUUAUAUCUGAGUUCGGAUGGUCUCCUCUAAUCGAACUAGCCUUCGACGAGAAUCGUGAUCUAUUCUGGCCUUCAGCAACAGAGCCCUACCUUUCAUCCACGCCAUUCAUCACUAAUGCGGCUCGCUACUCUGUAGUUCCCGGCCUGCUCGUACUCCACAUUCGCCGCGGUGACUUCGAAGAACAUUGUGUCAAUCUUGCGCUCUGGCAGUCUACCUACACAGGAUUCAACAGUUUCCCUGAACUCCCUGACAAGCUCGAGCGUAUACCUCCGGGUGCCAGCAACACGUCAACAGUGGAAACGUAUCGUCGGCACUGUUUCCCAGAUAUCGGGGAAAUCGUACGCAAAGUCGAGGAUGUGCGCGCGUCAGACGUGGGGCAAGGAUUGCAAAAUAUCUUCGUGAUGACGAACGGCGCUUCGGAAUGGAUUCAUGAACUCAAAGCCGCACUGGAAAGUCUUGGCGGCUGGGAACGCAUCUCGAGCAGCAAAGACCUAGUACUUAGUAAAGAACAGAAAUAUGUCAGCCAAGCAGUUGACAUGCUCAUUGGACAAAGGGCACAGGUGGUAAUUGGGAAUGGAUUCUCGAGCCUCACCGGUCAAAUCAUUAUGUUGCGAAUGGCAAACGGGUUACCACCAGAGAGUCAUUACUUCUGGUAG